AUGAUCAGAUACUGCAACUAUGUCAGCAUCAAUACAGCAACGAGCCCGAUUGAAUCAUUACGGUUGCAGGCUGCCGCACUGCUGAAUUCAAAGAUUACCAUACCUGAUACUGAAUCUAAAAAAGAUUAUCAUGUUCACACCUUGUACCAACUUCCAACAAAUAUUCAAUCUCGGCCCAAUACCAUCCAGCUUCAGCAAAUCCUGUCACUCAUUCGAUCCAUCAAUCAGUCUGAUCUAUUGGUAUUUGAUCGACAACAUCUUCUUGAAUAUGUUUUAUCCUCGUUGGUUACAAACAACAUCUCACUAUCAGCAGUGGUGCAGGAGGCAUAUCAUCUUCCAUCACCAUCAUCAGUCACUUCCAUAGCCAAAGCGAAUCAGGCUAUUGAAUUUAUAAAACAGAAAGGAUUGCUGCCUGAUGCUGCCGUAUAUACCUAUUUAUUUAUUUGCUUGUGUGAUCAUUCUGUUGAGACCAAAUCGGAUAUAAUCAUGUUUAUCGAAACAAUUUCAAGCUCCUGGAUGAGCUGGACUUAUGUUUCCAUACUAUCUCAAUUGCUCAAAUGGAAGGAUUUUGAUUAUUUUGAUGCAUUGGUAAAAGAAUAUCAGAUGGAAUACCAGCAAAUGGGAGCCACGGCUUGGAAUUUGGAUCAAGAUCAAGUGGAUAUCUUUUCUCUCGAGUUGAAUGUUUUGCAGAUCGAAGCUGCUACUGUACAGCAAAAAUUCAACGAAUGUGGAGUGUUGAUUGAGCAUUUGACUCGACAUAUUCGUCUAUUAUCGCCAAAGGGAUUGAACGUGUUGGCCAAAUUAUGUGCCCUGACAGGCGAUAUACCUGCUCUUUGGCGCAUUUUUAACUAUAGCGAGUCCAGCGUCAAUGCACAGGUGUAUAUAGAGAUUAUUCAAGGUAUCAACAAGAAUAGACUGUUUUAUUUUGUCCAGAAAGCUUUCUCUCGUCUGGAUAUUGUAUGGCAUGAAUCGCUUGGUUCAAAGUCGCUAAUGUAUAAUAUUGUGCUCAAGGCUUGCCUAAAACUUGAACGUUUUAAACAUGCCAUCAAGUAUUUUGAUUGCAUGCAGAAAGACGGUGUUAUUCCUGAUACAGCCACCUUGAACAUUAUCAUCCCCAUCAUAAACAAGUCUUCUGAAAAGACUCGCCAUUACCUAGUUGACAAGAUCGAAGAGCGCCUACACGCAGCAAAUGACGAUCAAACAGCCGAGUUUUUAGCCACAAAGGUAUUGUAUGCAUCCACUCAAGGUAAUCUGAUGAGCGCGCGACGAGAAUUUAAGCGAAUUGCUUUACCAAGUAUCGAGACAUUUGAAGUGAUGGCUGUUGCAUGUUUAAAAUUUGAAGCUACUUUACAAGAAGCAGAAAAUGCGAUCAAUGGAUUGUAUAUGCAGAUGCAGACAGCAGGGGUUGUGCCAACGGACGCUUUUUUUUCUACAGCAAUAGAUACGUUUUGUACUCCUGUAAAUGAAUCCUGCGUUGAGAAAUGGAUUGAACGAGCCAAGCAAGUGAAUAUUCCAGUAGGAUUAAUGUCGCUAAAGCUAAUAAAAUACUAUGGGCAAACCAAGUCUGAUUAUCGGCGGAUGCGGGAUGUUUACUAUGAAUUAUGCUGGCUACGAUCCUGUGGGCCGACCAUUGAGCACGAUGCAGAAAUGAUUCAUGGACUAACGCAGAUGAUGGCAGACAUUCAAUAUAAAGCAAGAUUUGCGACAACGGAGAGCAAGGAUCAGCAAUCUAGAGAUGAAUGGACACUAGAUGAGAUAUAUGAUUUUGUAUUGAAAAUAUGGAAUUCAUAUUCAAUUAGCGAGCGACUUGACUCGACUAGUCUUUGUCGAGCAUUUUUUGUAUGGUGCUGUAGCUGCAAGGACUAUACAUUGUUGUUUUCUGAAUGGAGACUUUUACGAUCGUAUGAGCCCAAGUCGUCUACAGAUUCAAACACGUACAAGUCUACUGUAACAGCGAAUCAUUCACCUGUUCCAGGGCAGCUCUAUGUUCAACUUUUUGAUGAGUUGCUAAAAAACGAUAGAAUACAGGAUGCAGUACAAGUGAUUGUUGAGGAUAUGGUACUGGAUAGAGGAACACUGACCGUGAGGCAAGCAAAGCAGAUACUGAGACUACUAUCAAUAGGAAAUCAAGGUCAAGCGAUGGAAAAAGUAUGGAAGAUGAUGGUGAGAGAGUAUCCACAAGUGGCAGCGCAAGUUUAUGUGGAAAUUCCACGAUCGCUUAAACAAAUUGAAGGAAUAUAUUAA